UACACGGCUAAAAUUAUUAGCAGGAGCGCUCGCAGCCCUCGCUAGUUCGCCUUCGCCCUCCGCCAUGCCGAGUGAGCGGGUGCUGUGAGGAGUUUUCACCUGUGGAUCGUAUGGCGGGCGUUUCCUCAGAGGGCACCAACAAGGACCGGGCGGAACCGUUCCAGUAGGGCUGCACCACCCACACCAGAUCCACUGCCAGGUCCAGCGACGUAACCGCGACAUGGCUAAAGGAACUGAAGAAUCCACAUCUCACGCCGCCACGGACGGACGGAACGCGGAGGUGACGCGUCCGACCCGCGCGGAGGUCCUGAACCACGGCUUCAUGAGGGUCCUGACACGCCCGGCGCAGUGGCUGAUCCUCGUCGUUCUCCUGAUCUCCUGGUCGGCGGCUGGAAUCUUCAUGUUCGACUUCGUGACGGACGAGCAGCUGACGAAUCUACAGCGCAUCGGUUCUGAUCCCGUCACGGCUGUUAAUGAAGCUGUCGAGGAUUUUACAGACAAACUGAAUCACAUGAAUGAGAUUUUAACCAACCCUCAAGAAUAUGUUCCCACUAUAAUCUCUGACCCGACGGCGACUCUGAACCAGUGGACGGAUGCAUCAGUGACGCUUCUGUCUGAAGUCCUUGGUGACGGACGUGAAGGAGUCGCCGCUGUACUGAAACUCAGCACUGAUGUUCUGGACGACGUGAACGGCUGGAUCAGAAGUCCGGUUGAGUUUCUCUUCCACGUGUUUGAAGACCUUCUUGACCUGGUCGUCCUCAGUCCUCUGGAGAUAGCGGGUGACGUAGCGGUGUAUAUUUUAAGCACGGUGAAGACCAUCGUAAGCUCCGCCCUGGGCGUCUUCACGGGCAUCAAGGUCUGGAUCCCUAAAUUGAACACGAGUCCGAUGGAACUAGCCAGCGACGUCCUGGAGGGAGCCGGAGACCUGAAGACCUCCGUGGUGACCCGAGUGUCCAGCCUGUUCUACGGCGAAGAAGGUGGCGUUCCUGACCUCAAGUUCGACCCCAUGAAGGUGGUCACCGACACCGUGGAGGAGAUCUCCGACAGGAGGGACAUGUUCCUGGCGUAUCUCUCCAGCGUCCUGAUGGACGAUAAAGAUGAAGCGCCGUACGUGAUCCGAAGAAAAGGAGAAUUUUUGCCACCUAUGGAAAAAGUUGCAGAAAUAAUGGGCAAGAAGCAGGAUGAUGCCUAUCUUGCCAUGAAGAGCAAACUCUUGAAGGCAGCCAUGGCUAAACGAGACGCGAAGGAUGCCAAGACUAGCAAAAAAGAGGCGAAGGCACACAAAGCCGCCAGCAUGGAAGAUUUCACUGAAACUGUGGAAACUGUGGAAGAUUUUGUUGAUGUCAUUGAUGAGGAACCAUUUGAAGAUCAGUUACCUGAGGAUAUUUUUGGUACAAGUGAAGCGGUAGUCGACUCACCCUAUGAAAACGUCAACGCUCUUCACCUUGAUGAAGAGGAACCAUUGAUAUUUACUGAAACUCUCAAGAGAGACGUGGAUGAGGAUGAAACCUCAACAGAUUCUACCCUCUUGGAAACCACUGACUUCUCGAAGGCAAAGGAUGAGGAGCAGCCAAUGAAGUUAUCUGAACCUGCUACAGAGGACACGGAUGAAGAAAAACUUGGAAUUUUAGAAGUUAACGUUGAAGACGACUCGGUUGAAACGAUUGAAACCUCUGAAGUUGACGAGGAGGAACCAGCAAAAAUGACCAAAGAUGCUAAAAAGGACGCCAGUGUAGACCAAACUGAAGCUGGUACAACAAUCUCAGAAAUUCUUGAUGUUUUAGAUAUCGAGGAGCAACCAGGAAGAUCAGCUGAACCUGCUACAACAGAUACAAAUGAAGACCAAGCCAACCUUGAAAUCUAUGAUCUUCCUGAAGUCACUGAUGAUGAGACGACUUCUCCGCAAGGCACCAAGCUCCAAGAAGAAUUGGUCUCAACUGUUUCUCAAGCAAUCGAAGACGAGGACCACAAGGAGACUGGAGCCCCUGUCUUGAAGACUCAUGCUGAUCAGGAAUCAGACGGAAGUCUCGAUCUUUCUAUCAAUGAUAAAGAAGAAUCAAGAGAACCAACUGACACCAACACAGAUGAAGACCAAACUGAAGACAAAUCAACUGAUUCCACAGUUUCUGCUCCAGACGUUGAUGGUGAACCAAUACGAUUAGUAGCAUUGGAGAGCCCUGACAAAGAUGAAGCCAAACUUGAGGCUCCUGUUAAGCAGGAAUCGGGCACAAUUCUUAAUGUCUCGUUCCUUGUAGACGAAGAGGAACUAAAGGACACAGAUGAAGACCAAACUGAGACUGGCGCUCCUUUCCUGGAGGCGCCUGCUGAUCAGGAAUCAAAGGGAAGUCUUGAUCUUUCUAUUGUUGAUAAAGACGAACCAAGAGAACCAACUGACACCAACACAGAAGGAGACCAAACUAAAGUGAACGUCACGUCACAUAAAUCAGUCGAGUCUGCUGUUUCUGCUUCAGACGUUGAUGUUGAACCCAUACAAUCAGCAGAUGAAACCAAACUUGAGGCUCCUGUUAAGCAGGAAUCGGGCACAACUCUGAACAUCUCUUUCCUUGUGGACGAAGAGGAACAAAAGGACACAGAUGAAGACCAAACUGAGACUGGUGCUCCUUUCCUGGAGGCUCCUGCUGAGCAGGAAUCAACGGGAAGUCUUGAUCUUUCUAUCGUUGAUAAAGAUGAACCAGGAGAACAAACUGACAUCAACAGUGAUGAAGACCAAACUGAAGUGAACGUCACUUCAGAUAAAUCAGUCGAGUAUACAGUUUCCACUCCAGACGUUGAGGACCAUGGCGAAGAUGAAGCCAAACUCGAGGCUCCUGUUAAGCAGGAAUCGGGCACGACUCUCAACGACUCUUUCCUUGUUGAUGAAGAAGAACAAAAGGCCACAGAUGAAGACCAAACUGAGACUGCUGAGACCUUCUCAGCCGAGUCUGUCGAACCCAAAGCUACGACUGGUGCUUUUUCAGCUGGCAAUGAGGCAACAAACUCUACCAUGGGCACCAAUGAAAUGCAAACCGAAGCGGGUGCUUUUCUAGACGUCUCCGCUGAGGAAACUCUUGGUGGAGAUGAUGGUAAAACAGAUGCUGUACAUGGUACGGAGGAUGAAAUGGAGGUUAAACAUGAACAGACGGUGCAAGCGAAGGUAGAGCAAGUUGGCGCAGUGAUGAAGGAAGAACAAGGCGACGACACCCAACAUGGAUUGACGUCUGCUGAAGGAGGACUAGAAACGGAUGCUCAGCAGGAGUCUACUCUGCUUCUCUUGGAGGACAAUGGUGAUCUGGAUGACGUUGAUAGUGACGACAACAACAACAACGGCAGAAAAGGACAGACGAUCAUGAGAAGUCUUUCCAAGGAACGCAAGAGUCAAGAAGAUCUUUCUCAAGAGAGAGUAAAAGUUCUAGAGCAAGAAAGAAUAGCCAAGGAGAAGAAAGCUCGUGAGGAGGUGUUCAAAGCCCUUCAAGAAAUGCGAGCUGAAAAGGCGGCGGAACACUUACACAGGGACGUUCGGGUUGAAAAAGAGAAACGGAAAGAAGAAACGAUGAAGGAAGCGCCUGAAGUGAAGGAAAAGCUGAAGGAGAUCAGAAGUGUGGUUCCAGAAACCAAAGAAGAUAAAGAUAUUAAGGAGAAAGUAAAACCGGCUCCUAAACAGAAAGAGGCAGAAAAAAUAGAAGCGAAAGCUAAACCAGCUCUAAAAGAGCUCAAAGACAUGAAGGAGAAAGUAAAAGCAGCUCCUGAAGUAAAAGAUGCUCAAAAAAUAAAAGAUAAAGUAACAAAACCAACUAAACCACCAACUAAACCACUAACUAAACCAGCUCCAGUGAAGAAAGAGGCAGAAGUUCUGAAGGAGAAGGUCGAACCUGCUGCUCUGAAGAAAGAGGUUAAAGCUGUAAAGAAAGAAGCUAAACCAGCUCAGGAGCCAGAGGUUCUGAAGAAGGUUGAACCUGCUGCUCUGAAGAAAGAGGUUAAAGCUGUAAAGGAGGAAGCUAAACCAGCUCCAGUGAAGAAAGAGGUUAAAGGUGUAAAGAAGGAAGCCAAACCAGCUCAGGAGCCAAAAGUUCUGAAGAAGAAGGUUGAACCUGCUGCUCUUAAGAAGGAGGUUAAAGCUGUAGGGAAAGAAGCCAAACCAGCUCAGGAGCCAGAAGUUCUGAAGGAGAAGGUGGAACCUGCUGCUCUGAAGAAAGAGGUUAAAGCUGUAAAGAAAGAAUCUAAACCAGCUCAGGAGCCAAAAGUUCUGAAGAAGAAGGUUGAACCUGCACCUCAGAAGAAAGAAGUUAAAGCUGUAAGGAAAGAAGUUAAACCUGCUCCAGUGAAGAAAGAGGCAGAAGUUCUGAAGGAGAAGGUCAAACCUGCUGCUCUGAAGAAAGAGGUUAAAGCUGUAGAGAAGGAAGCUAAACCAGCUCUGGAGGCAGAAGUUCUGAAGGAGAAGGUCGAACCUGCUUCAGUGAAGAAAGAGGUGAAAGCUGUAGAGAAGGAAGCCAAACCAGCUCAGGAGCCAAAAGUUCUGAAGGAGAAGGUCGAACCUGCUUCAGUGAAGAAAGAGGUUAAAGCUGUAAAGGAGGAAGCUAAACCAGCUCCAGUGAAGAAAGAGGUUAAAGCUGUAAAGAAAGAAGCCAAACCAGCUCAGGAGCCAAAAGUUCUGAAGAAGAAGGUUGAACCUGCUGCUCUGAAGAAAGAGGUUAAAGCUGUAACAGAGGAAGCUAAACCAGCUCCAGUGAAGAAAGAAGUUAAAGCUGUAAAGGAGGAAGUUAAACCUGCUCCAGUGAAGAAAGAGGCAGAAGUUCUGAAGAAGAUCGAACCUGCUGCUCUGAAGAAAGAGGUUAAAGCUGUAAAGGAGGAAGCUAAACCUGCUCCAAAGAGAACAGAACCUUCAGCUUUAAAAGAAAAACCAAAACCUGCACCAACACCAAAGAAAGAGACUGAAGUGGCUAAAGAAAAGCCUAAACCAGAACCAGUGAAAGAAGCUGAAGCUGUUAAGAAAACAAAACCAGAACCAGUGAAAAAAGAACCCACACUUGUGAAAGAAAAGGCAAAACCUGCACCUACACCAAAGAAAGAGACAGAAGUAGCCAAAGAAAAGACCAAACCAGUUCCAGUGAAGACAAAACCAGUAAUCGAGAAGAUUCGACCUGCUCCAUCCAAACAAGAUGUUGCAGUUCCUAAGAAAAAGACAAAACCAGAAUCAGUAAAAGCUGAAGUUUCCAAAAAAGUAAAACCAGAAGCUGUGAAGGAAAAAACUAAACCAGAACCAGUGAAAGAGGCUGAAGUUCCCAAGACUAAAGAAGUUCCAGUACAGAAAGAACCGGUUGCCAUCAAAAAGAAAAUUCAACCAGUUUCAUCCAAAAAAGAACCUUCAGCUUUAAAAGAAAAGCCAAAACCUGCACCAACACCGAAAAAAGAGACUGAAGUGGCUAAAGAAAAACCUGAACCAGAAUCAGUAAAAGCUGAAGUUUCCAAGAAAGUGAAACCAGAAGCUGUGAAGGAAAAAACUAAACCAGAACCAGUAAAAGAACCUGAAGCUGCUCUGAAAGAAAAGCCAACAACUAAACCUGCUCCAAAGAUUAAAGAAGCAGAACUGGUACCAAAAGAUAAAACUAAACCGGAUCUUCCUCUAAAGAAAGAACCUGAAGCUGCUCUGAAAGAAAAACCAAAACCUAAACCUGCACUAAAGAUUAAAGAACUUGAAGCUGUUCUAAAAGAAAAGCCAAAACCUAAAGAAGCACCAAAGAAAGAACCGGUACCAAAAGAAAAGAUAAAACUGGAUCUUCCUCUAAAGAAAGAACCUCAAACUGCUCUGAAAGAAAAACCAAAACCUAAACCUGCUCCAAAGAUUAAAGAACCUGAAGCUGCUCUGAAACAAAAGCCAAAACCUAAACCACCAGUUCAGAAGAAAGAAGCAGAAUCAGUACCAAAAGAUAAAACUAAACCGGAUCUUCCUCUAAAGAAAGAACCUGAAGCUGCUCUGAAAGAAAAACCAAAACCUAAACCUGCUCCAAAGAUUAAAGAACCUGAAGCUGCUCUGAAACAAAAGCCAACAGCUAAACCACCAGUUCAGAAGAAAGAAGCAGAACCGGUACCAAAAGAUAAAACUAAACCAGAUCUUCCUCUAAAGAAAGAACCUGAAGCUGCUCUGAAGGAAAAACCAACAACUAAACCUGCUCCAAAGAUUAAAGAACCUGAAGCUGAUCUGAAACAAAAACCAAAACCUAAACCUGCUCCAAAAAAAGAAGCAGAACCGGUACCAAAAGAUAAAACUAAACCGGAUCUUCCUCUAAAGAAAGAUUCUGAAGCUGCUCUGAAAGUAAAACCAACAACUAAACCUGCUCCAAAGAUUAAAGAACCUAAAGCUGUUUUAAAAGAAAAACUAAAACAUAAACCUGCUCCAAAGAUUAAAGAAGCAGAACCGGUACCAAAAGAUAAAACUAAACCGGAUCUUCCUCUAAAGAAAGAACCUGAAACUGCUCUGAAAGAAAAACCAAAACCUAAACCUGCUCCAAAGAUUAAAGAACCUGAAGCUGCUCUGAAAGAAAAACCAACAACUAAACCACCAGUUCAGAAGAAAGAAGCAGAACCGGUACCAAAAGAUAAAACUAAACCGGAUCUUCCUCUAAAGAAAGAACCUGAAGCUGUUCUGAAAGAAAAACCAAAACCUAAACCUGCUCUAAAGAUUAAAGAACCUGAAGCUGCUUUGAAAGAAAAGCCAAAACCUAAACCACCAGUUCAGAAGAAAGAAGCAGAACCGGUACCAAAAGAUAAAACUAAACCGGAUCUUCCUCUAAAGAAAGAACCUGAAGCUGCUCCGAAACAAAAGCCAACAGCUAAACCACCAGUUCAGAAGAAAGAAGCAGAACCGGUACCAAAAGAUAAAACUAAACCGGAUCUUCCUCUAAAGAAAGAACCUGAAGCUGCUCCGAAACAAAAGCCAACAGCUAAACCACCAGUUCAGAAGAAAGAAGCAGAACCGGUACCAAAAGAUAAAACUAAACCGGAUCUUCCUCUAAAGAAAGAACCUGAAGCUGCUCCGAAACAAAAGCCAACAGCUAAACCACCAGUUCAGAAGAAAGAAGCAGAACCGGUACCAAAAGAUAAAACUAAACCGGAUCUUCCUCUAAAGAAAGAACCUGAAGCUGCUCUGAAAGAAACACCAAAACCUAAACCUGCUCCAAAGAUUAAAGAACCUGCAGUUCUAAAAGAAAAGCCAAAACCUAAAGAAGCACCAAAGAAAGAACCGGUACCAAAAGAAAAGAUAAAACUGGAUCUUCCUCUAAAGAAAGAACCUAAAGCUGCUCUGAAAGAAAAACCAAAACCUAAACCUGCUCCAAAGAUUAAAGAACCUGAAGCUGCUCUGAAAGAGAAACCAAAACCUAAACCUGCUCCAAAGAUUAAAGAACCUGAAGCUGUUCUAAAAGAAAUGCCAAAAUCUAAAGAAGCACCAAAGAAAGAACCAGUACCAAAAGAAAAGAUAAAACUGGAUCUUCCUCUAAAGAAAGAGCCCGUUGUCUCUAAAGAACCUCUUGCUGUGGUGUAUCCAAGCGCUAAAGAUGUUGCGAUGGAGGUGGAGCUUCUGAAAGCCAUCAACCAAAAACUCUCCAUCCUGGAUCUGCUGAGGAAGGACAUCGGUGAGAUCAGAACCGACCUGGAGUCCACGCAGAGCCGAAUCGAUCAACUGAAGAUGGACAAUCGAACCCUCAAAGAGCCGAGGGAGGUGAAGGAGAAAGUAAAACCUGCACUGAUAAAGAAAGGACCUGGACUCUCAAAAGAGAAGCUCAAAAUAUCCACAGUAGUAAAAAGACGAGAGGCUCUGAAAAACAUCACUAAACAAGCAGCUAUUAAACAAGAGCGACUACUGAAGAACCAAACCAAACCCCUGCUCAGAAAAACAGAAGACCAGACUCCUAAAGAAGAGGUCCCUCCUAAACCUAAAGAGGAAGAAAUCGUCGCCCCAGUGGAGACACUUCCAGUAAAAGAAACACCCACUGAGUCACUGACCGAGGAGAAGAAAAUACAAGAAGAGCCAGAGGUGACCAAGGAAGCGGAACCAUUAGAAGACGAGGUUCCGUAUUUCCAGUGUUUCUACGUGGAUGAGUACGACAUGCAGUACCCCUUCUUCCCCUUCUCACCACCCUACUUAUGAUGAUCUGAUGUCAGCUGACAAGAUUAAAUCAUCACGAGUCUAAGUGAUGACAUGAUACAUGAUAUACGAUGUGAUCUCAUAACCUUCAGGGGUUACGGAGACACUCUCGGUCCUCAAUGGUUAAAUCACCGAGGGCUGAAGGACAGAAACACAUUUUGAUUGUUGACGAGCUUUGAAAUGAACGACACGGCCGAUUCCUCGAACCUUUACUCGUUUAAGUGUGUGUAUGAUGAUGAUGUUCCUGUAAACGUUCCAGUCCGUGAUUUUUCUGUGUUCUAGACGUUCCAAAAUUGAUCAAAUAACCAGUGAAAAUUGUGUUAAACUCUAAUAUGAAGCACAUUUACUUAAAUAACAGGAUUAAACCUGUAGGUGCUGAGCAGACCUGCUGUUCAUUUCCUUUAUUGUUUUGAUUACAAAUAUCACAAGACUGUGACACUUUAAUGCCACGUGUCUUUUAAUUAGGAACGUCUGGAUCAACCUUCUUCUCCUGAUGGAACACACUCACUCUUUCUGUUUAUGUCUUUAUACUUCCUGUGUAAUGUCUUAAAAGGAACCGAGGAUCCGUGGAAGCUCUGACGGACGAUGACGAAACAAACUGCUCGUCUGACCACAGAAAACGUCCUGCUGUGGUGAACGACGAGUCUGUAACGAUGAAACUCGAGGUUCAGAACCUCAAUCAGAACCUCGAUUAAUAAAAAACUCCAGCCUCAUUUUGAUGGGGUGCUGAUUUAAAGCAUUCCACCGUUUCCCAUCAAAAUGAUGAAAAAUGACGACUAAAGCAUUAAAUUCAGCAGCUGACGGGAGAGUUGUUUAUUACAGGCAUCCCAAUUCCACUCAGUCUGCUGUAGAGAUAAUGUUUUAUUAUUAUUAUUAUUAUUAUUAUUAUUGUUAUUAUUAUUAUUAUUAAUAUUAUUAUUAUAGAAGCAGACAGAAAAUAAAAAGCAAUGUAGGAGACUGUGGAAUAUACCGUAUAUGCACUAUAUGGACAAAAGUAUUGGGACGCCACUUCUAAUUUUUUAAUCCAUGUCAUUACUAGCAUGGGUAAUAAAUCAACUAUAUAAAGAAAAUGUUACACGUCUAACUUUGCAGCUACUUUGCACAGAGCUCUGAUCUCUGCCCUGCUGAACAGCUCUGGGACGAACCGGUGACCAGUCAGCUGUCAUCUUUUUUCUGGACCGGCACAAAUUCCCACACACAGAUGCACUUCAAAGUCUUGUGAGAAGCUUCUCUAUUUUGAUAGAGUUUGUUUUUGGGACUGUGUGUCCGCCAAGCUCACGGUCAGGCGUCCGGAUAUUUUUGGCCACAUGGUGCAUUAAUUAUUUUUGAUACUAGUGGACGCUGUGCCAUAUGGAUCCCACAUGGUGCCAGCGUGUUUAUGUUUUUCCGCUUGUGCUUAUACGGUGACCUACAGAUGGGCGACAGAUAUGAUCUUUUUAAUCUGACGCCCGUUUAUACGCGUUUACUGUACAGCAUAACACGAUCACAGACUGAUUUAACACGUCAGGUGAAGACUUUAGCGUCUACGUUUCUGUGCACCCCGGUUCGGUUUGGAUGAACGUCGGGGGUCACAGAGAGACGACGAUCAGACGUACAGAACGAGAGCGAGGGCACAGUAGAGGACGUUUAUGACUGUAUAUAAAUAUAUAUUUAUUUGUUAACAUGUUAAAAAUGCAGCUGUUUAAAUACGACUGUUAGUCAAAGUGAAAUACAGAACACAGAUGUUUACAGAAACUGAGAAACUAAGGGGGCCUCAGUGAGCCGAGACGGGGAUUUUUUUAACACAAGGGAUCUAAGAGGGAAAAAGGCUGAGAACUGAUGUUUUAGUCGACAGUACAAGAUUUUUUACUCGACUUGCGUGCAUAUAGUCCACUUUAACUCAGACAGUGUUUAAUCCAGAGAGUCCCGUUUACCCUGGAUAGGACCUGAAAGCACCUGAUAGGACCUGAAAGCACCUGAUAGGACCUGAUAGGACCUGAAAGCACCUGAUAGGACCUGAUAGGACCUGAUAGAACCUGAUAGGACCUGAUAGGACCUGAUGGCACCUGAUAGGACCUGACACUUGCUAAGACUUCAAUUUUUCUUACACUUUACGUGAAUCAUUUACGCCGUGAUUGGUUUCCGGUGCGGUAUCUGUGUAAUACCACGUGACGCCGGCAGGAAGUGAUAUCAUGUAAAGCCUGUUUAUUUAAAAGACAUACGUGUGAUAUGAUUUUAGGUUAGUUUGACGGUUUUGUUGUUUUAUGUAAUAAAUGUUCAAAGUAAAAUUUACUGCAUGAUUUGAAACACUCAUUUGGCAUGAUGGUUAUUCGGCGUGGUGAGUCUCUCCCAUGUGCUACUUUUUUUGCUAUACAGAAACAAAACUUUCACACCACUAGCAUCAAUUCUUUGUAGAUUAUAUAGAAAAUCAUGAGUACUAUGAGACACUAUACAGCCGAACGUAUGUUCAGCACCCUCCUAAUUAUUGACCUCAUCCAUGAAUGAAUUGAUCUCAUAUUUAGGCCACCCGAGGAGGACGGAGGUCCCUGUUGAUUCUGCUUCCUCUCACGGUUUCUUCCUUUUAAUAUUGAAGAUAUUUAGAGUUUUUUUCUUGCUUUGUUUCCUCUGCUGCUCAUCAGGGGUAUUUUGGUCCUGCUUUGGGACAAUGUGCACUGUAAAAAUUGCUGUCCAAAUUAAUUUGACUUGACAGACUUAAAUAAAAUGCUAUGAGAUACCUGUUCUGUACAGGUGUACGUACACUUUUGACUGUACCUGCUUACAGGUAAUUAUUAAUUUAUCAACUGCUGAUUGUGUAUAUAAAAGAUUAUUAAUGUAUCUGACUUGUAAAAUGUUUUGAAAUUUGGCAGCAUCUGUAUUAUUAGGUAAAAUUAAUUAAAACUAAUUAAAAAUGUCAGAGACCAAAGGUCUAAAUAAAGAUUUAACUUGUGUGAAAUUUAA